AUGGCUAGCUCAUGGCCAUAUAUCUCCAUUUUUAGAGCUAGCCAAGCUCAUGGCCAUAUAUCUCCAUUUUUAGAGCUAGCCAGGAAGCUUGCAAACAGCAACUUCUAUAUCUAUUUUUGUUCUACACCUAUAAAUUUGAACACUAUCAAGCUAAAACUGUCUUCUAAAGACUCCCUUUCAAUACAACUUAUAGAGCUCCAUCUUCCAACUUUGCCUGAGCUUCCCUCUCAUUACCGUACCACAAAUGGCUUACCACCCCAUGUAAUGAGUAAUUUAAAGGAAGCUUUUGAUAUGGCUAGUCCUAGCUUCUUUAGCAUUCUCGAGACUUUAAAACCUAACAUUUUAUCCAGGAUUUUCAGAGAAAUUGAAGGAAAAUAUAUUAAUUAUGUAUAUAUGAAGUUAAAUAAGAAGAUAGUUCCUAUUGGCUCUCUUGUUCAAGACCCUGUAAAUGAAGAUUAUGAUCAUGGAGAGAAAAUGGAGAUUCUUGAGUGGCUUCAGAAGAAAGAACGUUCAUCAACUGUGUUCGUUUCAUUCGGUAGCGAGUAUUUCCUUUCUCAACAAAAGAUAGAUGAAAUAGCUCAUAGGCUAGAACAUAGUAUGGUAAAUUUCAUAUGGGUUGUUAGGUUUACUAUUGGAAAGGAGAAGCAAAAGUUAGAAGUAUUACCUAAGAGAUACCUUGAGAAGGUUAAAGAAAGAGGAAUAGUUGGAUGGUCCCAAGCAAGAAUACUAAAGCAUUCUAGUGUUGGAGGUUUUGUGAGUCACUGUGGAUGGAGUUCUGUGAUGGAAAAUAUGAAAUUUGGUGUACCAAUAAUAGCUAUGCCCAUGAACCUUGAUCAACCUAUAAAUGCAAGAAUAGUAGAGAACAUUGGUGUUGGUAUAGAGGGAAAUGAGAAUAGAGGACUUGAAAGAGAAGAAAUAGCGAAAACAAUAAGAAAAGUGGUUUUGGAAGAAGAUGGUAAGGAUGUAAGAUGGAAAGCAAAAGAAAUGAGUGAUCUCAUGAGGAGGAAAGGAGAGGAAGAGAUAGACGAGGCAGUAGAUGAAUUGGUCGAUCUUUGUAAUUAA